AUGUGGACAACCACCAGUGGCCUGAGUGGUCGAUCGCUCCGGGUGAGCAUCACCUUCGUCGCUGUCGUGGGUUUCUCGCUCUUCGGAUACAACCAGGGCAUGAUGGCCGGUCUCCUCAACGGCGACGAGUUUGUCAAGUCGUUCCCAAUCCUCGAAAAACCCGACAAUGCAACUCCUUCCGAAAGCUUCUACGUCGAAGUCAUCCGCGGUGCUGUCACAUCCUGCUAUGAGAUUGGAUGCUUCUUCGGCGCGUUGUUCUCCAUGUUCUUCGGUGAGAGCUUCGGCCGUACCCGUGUGAUCUGUAUGGGCGGCAGUGUCCUCAUCAUCGGUGCAUUGAUAACAACAGUCUGCUUUACUGGUCAUUGGGAGGUCGGUCAGUUCGUCAUCGGCCGUGUUGUGUCAGGUAUUGGAAAUGGCAUGAACACGGCCACGAUCCCGGUCUGGCAGUCAGAAUGCUCCGGCGCACACAACCGCGGUUUCCUUGUCUGCUUCGAGGGUGCAAUGAUUGCUGGUGGUACCUUUAUCGCUUACUGGGUGGUCUUCGGUCUUUCGCACGCCGGAGACAGCGUCCAGUGGCGAUUCCCCGUCGCACUCCAGAUCUUCUUUGCUCUGGUCGUGGUUAUCGGCGCCGCUAUGCUCCCGGAUUCUCCGUCGUGGUUUGUGAACAGAGGGCUUGACAACGAGGCCUGUGUGGUUCUUGGCAAGCUUAAGGGCUCCUCUCCAGAUUCCGAUUUGGUGCUCCACGAUUUCAAUUUCCUCAAGGCGGACGUAGAAUCAUCGAAAGCCGCUCAAUCCGGCUGGAAGACAGUCUUUACCUUCGGCAAGACCCAGGAACUCCAACGUCUUCUUAUUGGCUGUUCCGGUCAAUUCUUCCAGCAGUUCACCGGCUGCAACGCUGCUAUCUACUAUUCAACGCUACUUUUCCAAGAGAAUUUGGGUAUGGAAAAAUAUCUGUCUCUAAUCAUGGGCGGUGUUUUUGCUUCCGUUUAUGCCCUUGCGACCAUCCCCUCCUUCUUUAUGAUUGAAAGAGUCGGCCGUCGUAACCUAUACUUGAUUGGUUUCCUAGGUCAGGGACUCAGUUUCGUUAUCACGUUUGCUUGCUUGAUCGAGCAAAACGAGUCGAACGCCAAGGGUGCUGCCGUUGGUAUCUUCCUUUUCAUCACUUUCUUCGCAUUUACUAUCCUUCCCCUGCCUUGGAUCUACCCUCCGGAAAUCAACCCCCUCCGUACCCGUACUAUCGGCGCGUCGGCCUCAACCUGCACCAACUGGAUUUGCAACUUUGCCGUCGUCAUGUUCACGCCCCUUUUCGCUGCUCAGAGCCCUUGGGGUGUCUAUCUGUUCUUCGCACUGUUCAACUUCAUCGGUCUGAUCUUCGGCUUCUUCUUCUACGUUGAAACUGCCGGUCGUGAGCUUGAGGAGGUCGAUAUUAUCUACGCCAGAGCCCAUGUAGAAGGAAAGAUGCCGUGGCGGGUCGCCAAUGCCAUGCCCAAACUCAACUUCGAAGAGAUCGCUCAACAAUCUCGUGAGCUGGGCUUGAGUUCCAUCGAUCAUACUAGAGAUGAGAAGAGCGAGCUUGGUCUCAGCAGCAGUGACAAUAGACAGGAGGUUGAGGAAGUCCCGGAGAAGCACUAA